CGGUCAUGGUGUUGAGGUUUGAACAGAACGAAACACGAUUCCAUGGCAUAGCCAAGAGAUACCUUGGCAAUGUCUUGUCUUGCAUCGCGUCUUACGGCAAGCGAGAUGGAUUUCAUCAAUUCCAGAUGAGCGCCGGUCUGGGCGCAGAUGGUGGCGUUGAGGCAAGGCGCUACGGGAGGAGAGCACUUGGAACCGAAUACCGAGAACCGGGUCGAUACUGCAACCACCCUUUCGCCGUUCUGGAUUCAGACCUGGCUACGAGAGGAAGAAGAUCUGUUAUUCAGUUAAUAAUUUCCCACAAGAAAAUAGCUGCCGGAAGCACUGUGUAUGGCGCAUCGAGCUGGUUGAAACACCAAUGCGCCGAGCAAUCUCCCCCGCCGGGAUCCCGUUUCAUCGUGGUCACCACAGCUGGACGGAAAAACUCCACCCCACCAGACGCCAUCUCACCACCAUCACCCACCUCCCUUCUAUCGCUCCACAGCUUCUAGAAGGAAGCGAGAUGACACAUCAAAUGGAAAAUCC